AUCCUUCCUUUGGAAAGUAUGGAAUUUUAACUUAAAUAUUAAUGAAAUAGAAAAAGAUGGUCAUUUUUCACCCGUACAAUAUUUGAUUAUUUUCCCAGCAUGCGUCGCUCCUUGAUCGAACGCAUCGGCAGUUAUUCGGACACAUCUACUGCUUUGUUCGGCGGAGGCUACGUAUGUUCUAGGGGCAGCCAUCCUCUCUCUCUCUCUCUCUCUCUCUCUCUCUCUCCAGAUUUAUCUCGAUCCAGCUUCUACUGACAUUUCUCCUUGUUUCUCUUUAUUUAUUCAUUGAUUUUUUUUAAAAAAAAAAGGUAAUUAUACGUAUUUUAGUUUUAAUUUACCUGUGAAAGAUUAAGGAGAUUCCUCGGAAGAAACUGAUCCUAGAAAACAAAAGUUCCUGAUGAGCUUGGGGAUUACAUAUUUACUGUUAAGAUCAUGAGCUGGUACAGAAAAUCAAAGUUUGCAUUCGAUGGGUUUCGGAAUUUCUCCUCGAAAUUCAUGCCGAAAACCCCCAUUCGAGAGUCUUCUACUUCAAAAAUCAUUCACAAUAGUUCCAGUCUCUCUGAAACAAACAACUCUAGGCUUUCUGGGUGGCUUAUUUCUUCUCCAAUUUUGAGAAAAAAAUGGGGUUUUGAAAUUGGAGUGAAAGAGAGUCAUCCGUUUCUUGGCGGUGGGAGAAGAUACUACUAUGUGGAUCGGUACCAUAUUCAGCAUUUUAGGCCAAGGGGGCCAAGACGGUGGAUUCAGAACCCAAGGGUUUUGGUUUCUGUUAUAGUAGUGGGUACGGGUGUUUUAAUCACCGUGUACUAUGGGAAUUUAGAGACAGUGCCGUAUACAAAAAGGACCCAUUUUGUUCUUUUGUCGAGAAAUUUGGAGAGGCAGAUUGGAGAGGCGCAGUUUGAGCAGAUGAAAAAGGGAUUUAAGGGGAAAAUUUUGCCUGCAGUACACCCCGAAAGCGUGCGAGUGAGAUUGAUAGCAAGAGAUAUUAUUGAAGCAUUGCAAAGAGGCUUGAGGAAUGAGCAAGUGUGGAGUGAUCCUGGAUACGCGAUGGAGAGCGUCGGGAUGGCAGAAGGAGUUACGAAUGAGACAGUGAUGUUACUGAGAGGGAGCAGAGAAGAGAAGCUGGACGGAGUGUGGCAUAAUGAAGAUGAAAUUCUUGAUGAUAAAUGGGUGCAGCAGAGCCGGAAAAGGGCGCAAGAGCGGGGAUCACAGCCCUCAAUGCUGCAUUUAGAAGGAUUGAAUUGGGAGGUCUUGGUGGUUAAUGAACCGAUUGUUAAUGCAUUUUGUCUGCCUGGAGGGAAGAUUGUUGUGUUCACAGGUUUGCUCAAACAUUUUCGAUCUGAUGCGGAGAUAGCUACCAUAAUUGGGCAUGAGGUUGGGCAUGCUGUCGCUAGGCAUGUAGCUGAAGGGAUUACAAAGAACCUGUGGUUUGCCAUUCUUCAAUUGGUUCUUUAUCAGUUCAUUAUGCCUGAUAUUGUGAACACAAUGUCAACUCUUCUCCUACGGCUCCCUUUUUCUCGGAAGAUGGAAAUGGAAGCAGAUUACAUUGGGCUGCUUUUGAUGGCUUCAGCUGGAUACGACCCUAGAGUGGCACCAAAGGUGUUUGAGAAGUUGGGGAAGCUCACCGGUGACUCGGACCUUAGGGAUUAUCUCUCCACCCAUCCAUCUGGAAAGAAGAGGGCUAAAUUGUUAGCUGAAGCCAAAGUCAUGGAAGAAGCACUAGCCAUUUACAGGGAAGUGAGAGCAGGACACGGUGUAGAAGGAUUUCUUUUCGACAGUGAGCACACCAUCCUGUAAGCUCCUUUUUUGGUGAAAGAGAAGAAAUAUGCAAACAAAUCUAAUGGUACUGAAGAUAACCCAGACAUCCAACUUUAACCAAAUCUGUAAGAGUUGGAUUUUGCGUGCGAUUUACAGUGAAGUUCUCAUGUUGUAUAAGCAAGUUAAUUUUUUAAUUAAGCUUCUCAAAUAUCAAAAAUGAGUUUAAUGUAUAAAAUCUUAACAUUUGGGGGUAUUUUCAUAAGAAUGAAAAUUUGAGCAAAAAAUUACUUAGUUUCAUGUCAUUUUGCUUUGAAAGGUAAUUUUAGGGAUUCAAGUUCGAUUCUGCUGUCUGUCUUGCAUACAUAAAAAAGAAAAUAAGUGUCUAUCUUUGCCUUUGUAUAUUUAGGGCCAGUUACUUACUAUCUUUGUUGACUAGAUUAUGUAUUGUGCAUGAGAGAUUCACUUAUUAAAAGUUUUGGAUUUGCAAA